UUGUUCGAGAAACUUUGCACGAAACAAAAGCUUAAAUCGUACGCGGCAGUAACAGCAAGCGGAAUAAACAGUAAAACAAACAUGACCAUUAUACCCAGGCGGCUUAGUGGCAGCCUGCUGGUGGUGGGGCUCCUGGUGCUGGCCCUGACCACGGAGAAUGUGCAAGCCAAGCGUUGGUUUGGCGGUGGCGGCAGCAAAAGCCGUGGCAGUUCAAGUUCCAGUUCCAGUUCCAGUCGGAGGACUUCAUACUCUGCUCCUUCGCACUCCUACUCGGCACCUUCCCACUCCUACUCGGCGCCUUCACACUCCCACUCCGACAACGUAAAGCUGAGCUAUGGCGGCGGAACCCACUCCCAGCCCAGCAGGGUGAGCAGCUCCCAGUCGCAAAGCAGCCACAGUGUGGUCAAGCCGGCGGCCACAGCCUCACCGAUUGGCUGGAAUGUGCCUGCUAAGCCGCAAGGCCCACCACCCGCUUAUUCCGCUUCGAAUCCUGUAGGCGGGGCUCACACAAACAUUCACGAGCGCCCGCCGGCCUACAAUCCGGCCUACAAGCCGGCACCGCCCAGUUACUCGGCCGCCACCCAGACGCACAGCAACACGAAUCUCCAGAGUCCAGCCCGCCCAGCUGCCGGCUCCAGUUCCAGUUCCAGUGGAAGCCACUACUAUGGCGGAGCCCAUACCGGCACCGGAUACAGGGGUCGCAAUAACUCCACCGGAGGAUACGGCUCUUCGGGCGGAUACUCACCGAUUACGGCCACCAACGCCCACAAUGUGCAGUCGAGCUAUCCGCGCCAGCAGUUGCCAGCCGGUGCUACCUACCACCCAGCGGGACAGUUGCCGGCGGGAGCCACCUACCAUCCAUCGGGUCAGCUGCCAGCAGGUGCCUCGUACCACCCGGCGGGUCAAGUGCCCCACGGAGCCACCUACUAUCCCACCGGACACGUUCCAGCGGGUGCCACCUACCAUCCUGCAGGUUCUUACCCCAUGGGCGCCUCGUACCAUCCCGCUGGACAGAUUCCCCACGGAGCUACUUACUAUCCGCAGGCUCCAGUUGCCGGAGGACUGCCUCCAGGUGCCACCUUCUUGCCCGCCGGAGGAGCCCUGCCCGCAGGAGCCACCUUUUACCCGCAGGCGCCGCAGAAAUCUUCAUCUGGCUUGGGUCUGGGCACUGGUCUCAUUGCUGGCGCCUUGGGCGGAGCCAUCCUGGGUCACGCCCUCACGCCCACUCAGACGCGUGUGAUUGAUCAUUCCUACUCUGGCGGCGGCGGAGGCGGAGGUGGUGGCAGCAGCGGUGGCGACGACAAGAUCAUUAUUAUCAACAACGGACCGCCCGGCUCUGUGACCACCACCGAUGUGGGAUCGGGAACAACAGUAAUAAAUACCGGAGGAACUCAGGCGGCGGCCUCGCCCUCCUUGCCAGUACCCCCUGCUCCUGCCUAUGCAGCUCCUGCAUCUGGAUCUGCCGCCCUGCCUGUGCCACCUGCUCCAGGAGCAGUCCCACUGGCACCUCUGGGUCCUUUGCCGCCAACCCCUGCUGAUCCCAAUGCUCCUGCAGGAGCACCGCUUCCACCAACUCCCGGAGCAGCUGCCAAUCCCAGUGUCCCAGUUCCGCCGGCACCUGGUGCACCGACAGAUCCAAAUACUCCACCGGCACCUGGGGCCCCGGCUGAUCCAAACGCUCCGCCGGCUGGCGGCAUCAUUUGUGUGCCCGUUAAAGUGCCCGAACCGGAUCCGACGGACUCCACCAAGACGAUUGAGGUGGAGAAGAUCGCCUGCUAUCCGGCACCGCCGCCAGAGGCAGCUCCACCGGCCAACGGAACUGCACCGGCCGCCGUCGAGGGAGCUGUACCUCCUCCCGUGUCCGCUCCUGGAUCCGUGAACCUGGCUCCUUUCCAGGUGACAACACCCGUGACCGUUCCCGAGGGAUCCGUGCCACUGGCCCCGAUUGUGCCUGGAGGCCAGCCGGAUAUUAUGAAGAUGCCGGGCCUGACCUCGGCACGUCUCUCCGCAGAAUCUGGUCUCAAGGAUGCCCACAGUGUGGCCGAGAGUAGCUUCGGUCACUACAGUCUCGUCUCCACGCUGGUGACCCUGCUGGUGGCCUACUGUCUCCACUAGAAUCCCAUCCCCGAUUCCCACCAUCUUUCCUCCCUCAAGGACGCUGUGUCAUUGGCCACCGGAAAGCUUUAACUAAUUUAUUGCCAGUCUUUGGACACGAGAUUAGGACGGAUAAAUACAUAUGUAUGUCUAACCCUUGGCCCAUCGGUCCCCUUCAUAUAUUUUGUAAACAAAUCGAAUUUUUGAUAUAUAUACUCGUAGUUCUGUCAGACCUCAAAACAAGCCACCAAUAAAUGUAACGAUUGAAAAAAAUAA